AUAAUAUAGAAGUUAUCGGUCUGUUAAAACAGAAAAAUUUCCCUCCAUCAAUAUGGCUGAAGGAAUGAAUUUAACCGUCUUGCGCCAAAGGGAUCCUUAUAUCGUCCAAAUAGUUGAUACUGCCAGUCAAGUUGCCCUUUACUCCUUUAAUUCCAAAGAUAACGAAUGGGUUAGUACAACACAUGAGAAAAUUGUACUAAAAUACCCGGUUUUCGCCUUUAUUCGCUGAGCUCUUUAUUAUCGAUUACUUAUCAACCAAAUUUUCCGUUAUUUGAUGACCCCAUUAUUUAUUCAUGGAAUUUUCAUUGCAGGAGAAAACUGAUAUUGGCGGAACUUUAUUCGUCUAUUCAAGGUAGCAGUAAAACAACUUAACCUACUGAUGUUAAUUUGAUGAUUUUGUGCAAGAUUGUUACAUUAGCGCUUUAUUUGAUAAUGUUCAUAUUGAUUUUGAUCGCAAUAAGAAAUUUAUCUAAAAUAAAUAAUACUUACAGAAUAAACUGUAAAAGUAGUAUAUUUUCUCCCUUCCAACAACCUACGAUAUGAUGCUAUACUUAAGAAUGACGGCAGAACAGCUAAAUUAUAAGUAGAGCGCACCUGUUUCUGCCAAAACUUACCAUCGGCUUGUUUCUCUAAGCUGACCGACCUUUACUUUGAAAACUUUCAUUAUACUAGAAACUAGUCUGUCGUAUUUUUACUACUUGUUUAUAGAGAAAAUAAAAUGACUAAAUUUCCAUUUUUUCAGAUCGGCUUCCCCAGUCUAUGCAUUCACAAUUUUGAAUCGAAAUGGUCCAGAAAAUCAAACGGAACCAAUUGCUAAUAAUCUUGAAUUCCAGUUGCAAGAUCCGUUUUUGUUGUAUAAAACAUCGAAAGCUAUUUAUGGAAUAUGGUUUUAUGAUAAAGACGAAUGUGCUAGAAUAGGUCAAUUAAUGAACAGUCUAGUUCAAAUUAUGAAUAGGCCACAAGAAGCUGUAGAGGUCCCUAGCGGUGGUAGACAAAGAAGAGCAUCUGAUAGUGAAAGUAUGCAGGCAACACCUGUACGAACCAGCCAAACGAACAUUGACGGAAACAACCCUUCGUCUGGCGUAGAUAUUAUGCAAAUGCUCUCAAGAGCUCAAUCUGAAUACGUAAAAGGUCAAAAAGAAAACAGUAACAGUUUUGCCGCUGUAAAUAAUGUUCCAGUAUCUAUAGAAUCAACGACUCCACCGGUAACCAAACCAAAACCUGUUAAAGCCGCAUCGAAUGAUAUAGCUUCCGGCACACAUUUAAUUCCUACUGCCGCUGACGGUAAUUCGAAAUCGAUUACACUUGAGUCGUUAUUUCAAAACGCCUCUAAAGAGCAGAAUGCGACCGAAGAAAUAGAGGAAAAUGUAAGAAAAACGGCAAAAUUAUUAUUACAAGAUACAAAAUCCGAUCAGCCAUCGAUUAACUCUAAAGAAUCUACUCAACAAAACCUUUUGUUAAGGCGUUCAUUGAACAUGGAGAAUAGUAAUAGUACAACACCUCCAUCAGGCGUUGCACAAAAGUUCAUUACUCCUGCUCAAUUGCAGCAGUCUAGUUUACCAUCAACUGUUUUACCCCCACAUCCUGUAAAUUUGUUGACUCCACUACACACUGGCAUGUCUCCAAACAAUGUCUCUCCGAUGCUAACAACGUCUCCCUUUAAAAAAUCCCUUCUGAUGGACAUGAACGAUAGCGUAAAUUCAUCAUCAUCACCUCUGAUAGCUUCUGUUCCGCCACACAUAUCUCCACUGACGAAGGAUCAAAUGCAGCAGGCAAUACUACACCUCAUAAAGAACGACAGCGAAUUUUUGGAUAAACUACAUGAAGCCUACUUAAACAGUUUGCAAGCCUGUUUAACAAAUCGCAAAAACUAAAAUUGGCCAAGUUGCAUUUAGUUUUCUUUCGUUGUCGAGAUAUUGUUGGUGAAGAGUUCGGGCGUGUCCGUAUAUAUGUUAAGUGUAAGCGCAAACACGUGUUAGUUAUUCGUUGAAUAGUAAGCGAAUUUUUAUCUGUACUUUUUUUCGUUUACUAUUAAUACUUGCGUGAAGCCUCCUAAAACGAGAUAAUACGUCAGCUGUGGAUUAAAAGUUUGCUGAAAAUGUAUUGCUAAUGCCAUCGACUCAAUUUUUGUGUAGUUUAUUUCUAUCCAACUAUCAAUGUAUCAAUUCAUUGACUUGCACUAUAUUUUUUUGUAUAGUUAAUAUGCUUCAUCUCUGAGCCUAGUUCGCAUGUAAUUUCUUUACACAUAAGUAAAAAAAAUGAAGGAAAACUAUAUAAUCUAUAUAUAUACAUAUAUAAUACGUAUAUGCAUAAAUAUAUACAGUAGACGCUUAUAUAUAUAUGUACAUAUAUAUACAUAUAUAAAUUUAUACAUAUACAUAUAUAUAUUAGUAUAUAUAUAUAUAUACAGUAUAUAUAUAUAUAU